GUUGGAUCCAGCAUGCGGGACAGCGAUAUACACGUAAAAGAGAUCCUGUAUCUCCAUCUCUUUUACGUGUAGAGCGCUGUCCCCGCAUGCUGGAUCCAGCAAGAUGGAUAAUGAAUAAGGUCCUUUAGGUUUGCCGUGCUUUUCAAUCUCUAAUGUUUGAUGUCAACGCGUGUUAUUUUUAUUGCUCGCCGCCAUUUUAUUUAUGACUUAUCGGACAUGCGACUUUUCGGUGUAUAAUAAGAAUAUUGCUUUCCUGAAACAAUAUUACAAGACGGGAUUAUUCAAUUACUAUGGUCAAGUGCAGUGCGUAUCGAUGUGCCAGUGCUACCUACAAUAGAACACCAGGAUUAACGUUUCAUCAGUUUCCAAAGGAUGAAAGUACUCGGAAUGCAUGGUUAAAAAAUAUGAAACGUCAGGAUUGGCAACCAAAUUCUUAUAGUGUGCUAUGUUCAAAGCAUUUUGAGAAUCACUUGUUUGAUGCUGGUAGUUCCCGCUCUAGACUGCGUUCUAGAGCAAUUCCUACUCUGUUUGGCGAAUUGCCCUUAGCUACAGAAGUUGCCGAUCACAUACACCAUGAAAAGAAAAUGACGCUGAUAGCAUCAACCUCCAUAGCUGCAGACGUACCACCUGAGCCCCUGCUUUUCUGUCGGGGAUGUCUCGUCACCGGGGUCAGACUGUUCGAUCUACAAUCGACGGAAUUGAAGACCAUAUUCGAAGAAUUCGUCGGAAAAACGAGGGUGGGGGAGGCGAGUUACUGGUUGUGCGCAUGCUGCGCCAUGUUGCUCGACAAGUUCACACAGUUUAGGGACAGGUGCCGGCGCGCGGAAGACUUGAUGUGGAACUUGUGGAACGAAAAAUUGUUGAACGCGCACACCGUGAAAUCGAUAGACAGGACAUAUCACAAACUAAACUUGAACUUGGCGACAUCCAAACCCACGUAUAUAGGAACAGAUACCAUAUUGGUAGAUUAUGAAGAAAUGACAUCGAGAAAAAGAAAACAUAUGGGAUAUGAAGAGGAGGAAGAAAUAAAAGUGAAAGAGGAUAAACAAAACUUGGAUGAGAAAGAACAUGUAAAAUUGAAAAAGGGUGAACAUAUACCAUUGGGAGAGGAAAGACAUAUAAACUUAAAAGAGGGAGAAGAUAUAAUAAUUAAAGAGGAAGUGUCUGUAAAAUUAGAACAGGAAGAUCAUAUGCAAUUGGAUGAGGAAGGACAGAUACAAUUGGAAGAGGGAGGAAAUAUACAAUUGGAAGAGCAAGAACAUAUACAAUGUAAGGAUGGAAAACGUUUAAACGUGGGAGGGGAAGAACAGAUACAAUUCGAAGAGGAAGAACAUGUACACUCGGAAGAGGAAGAAGAUAUAACAAUUAAAGAGGAAGAUUAUAUAACAAUUGAAGAGGAAGAACCGUUAAAUUUUGAUGCGGAAGAUGGAGCAUAGCCAAAGGAAGAAUAACCAAAAAUCAAAACAGAAAAUGUGGUCGACGAUGAUUCAAUUCAAGAACAUGUAGAUAAUAAGUAAUCAAAACCACUUUGAUUUUAAAGAAGAAUACGAUGUUGAGAUGAGAUAUAUUUAAUAAUCCAUAAUUGAUAAUGCCCUAAUGGCCCUAUUAGCCGCGUCAAAAUUUUCCUAGCCUUAAGCUGCAAGGCAGCGCCAUCUCUUCGCAUUGUAGGUAACCCACAAUGUCAAAUGAAUACUUUUUCACGCGGCUAAUAGGGCCGUGGUAGCAUAAUGGUCAGUGCAUUCGCCCGGAUUACGAAGGAUGCGGAUUCGAGUCCCGUCCGCUGCCUGGUCCGGGUCGAUUUUUUUCUAGUAAACUUUUCUUUAGAAUUAAACAUCUAGCAGUUAAAUGCUUAAAAAAUAAAUAAAAUCAUAACUAUAAUUGCUAUUUCUUCUUUCAAAUGUUUAAUACUUGAAAAAGUAUUAAUUUGACAUUGUGGGUUAAUAGGGCCGUGGUAGCAUCAGGUAUUGUGUAGUGGAUAACGUCAGGGGGCUUUGCAUUAAAAAACCGGUGGAAAUGGUAUUGUUCGAUUUAGGAUACAAAAAGGGGAUAAUGAGUAGGAUGUUUUAAGAUUAAACUACAAGAAAGGUCUUUCCGGCUUAAAAAUACAAAUUAUAUCAGUGUUUAUUUGGUUAUUAUUUACAUUAAUUUGGUUUAUUACAGUGAUGAUUGGAUUCCGGGUCAAUUGUAUUCUGAAUUUUCUGUAUUAUGAAGGGUUCAUUCUAAAAUCGAUUCGUGGAUUUUUUAUCAGACCAGGUCUUAUAAUAGAGAUUGUUUCAAGAAGAAAUUAAAAUUACAAAGUAGUUAAAUCCAAUUAGUUAUUAAUUUACCAUAAAAGUUUGUGAUUUAGAAAAGUCGGCACUUCACUUGGCUAUUCGUGUUUGCUUUUUGCUAACAUAUCAGUUUGUACUUUUGAUUCCAUGAAGAGCAUGACAAGGACAGACUGAUGUCAAGUUUGCAAAUAGCAAACACGAAUAGCCAAAUGAAAUGCCGGCUCUAAAUAGGAUUUUUCGAGAUUCUCUUUUAAUAACAAAAUAAACGGAAUUAAAACUAUUUUAUUUUCUUUGCCAAAGUCUAUAUUAGGUACAUUAUUGGUGCAUUGCUUGUACUUAAUUGUCAAUUAAAUAACCCUACCCUUAACAUAACUAGUUAAAUUAUGACACGAUACCAAUACGGCAUGGUCGGCACUAAAUGGGCAGUAAUGCUAAUACCCCCUUAUUAAUAAAUAAGCUUAGACUAGUUACGCCGUGUUUUGUUCAUAUCACUCAAAUGCCAUUUUUCAUUCAAUAGACAGAGACAAAACAUGGAGAAACAAAUCCAAGCGUAGUCCUUGUUUAUUAAUAAGGGGGAUAGAGUUGACCUGUCUGAAAAAUCAUACUCUUUGAUUUUCGAUGCUGAUGACCUUAAACAGCUUUAGUGUUGAGAAUCUAUCGAAAAUCUUAUCAAUAUUUUUACUAAAGUUCGAGAUUGUUUUUUGCCGAAACAACUACCUAUGUCUACAACAAAACGAACAACGACCGUUAUUUUAUUUUUUCACGUAGUCGAUGCAAUUUCAAGCUUAACGGCUAUUUUUGUAACACCUUGUAUAUUAAAACAAUCCAAAUAACAAAUAAA